AUGGAUAAAUAUAUAAAAACAAAAACCACAGACGCACAGGGGGAGGGGAAACAUGUAGCCGGGAGUAAAAGGUGCCGAGGAGGCCCACGUCCCUUAGGGGACAAACAGUCCGCCGAGGAAUCGCGCGGGCGAACUCCCAAGGUGGGGGAACGUCCGCGUGAUGAAGUCACGGCCGAAGAGCGAACGCGGAGUGCUGGGUCAGACUCUGACUCAGCAUCCAGCGUGGCUAGCGUGGGAAGCUCAGUCGCAGGCUCCAGAUCCGUGGAGGUCAAGCCGGCAGCGGCGGAUUCACUCCGCAAGCCGAGUAGAUGCAGGACCGGGGAUUCGUCCUCCGAGGGCGACGGGGCAAAGGCCUCGUGCGUCACUUCCCGGAAACGGGGCGGAUCCCACUCCGUGGCUCGCGGUGCGAAGGCGAAAGGUCGGGUCCUCAAAGAAGCGAGGGACAGCGGGAGGCUCGCCGAAGAGGGGCGGCACCCGAUUGCCGCGCGGCUUCGAAGCACCGCAAAGAAAAGGGCCAAAUUUGAGGAGGUCGUGAUGGCGGCGAUUGCGAGUGUCCGCCAAAAGAAAUUGCGGACCUCGAAGGAGAAGGCUUCGCAAGAGGCCGCGGCCUCCAUUAUGGCGGCAGCAGCGGCCACCUUCUUGGAGUCGGAAUCCGAGUCGGAUAACGAGGGGAUGAGGGCCGAUAUCGCCCGGCUUUCGACGGAGGUUGAGCGUCUCUCUAGGGAGAACGCGGAACUCAAGUCCAGCCGGGCCUCUGCCCUCGCUCAGUCCUCUCGUCCUGCAGCGACGCCUCCAGAGGUGAGUGCGGUGCAGCCGGCGGACAGGCAACUCCUGAGCCUGAUACGAGAGGGCAUCCGCCAGGAUAUAUACAGGAUAUAA